GCUGGUGACAGUUGCCUUGGUGACAGAGUCGUUUCGGGUGUCCGACGCCUUUCGUGGAGCAGGAGAUCUUCACGCUGUUUUCCUAUCGGUUUGUGCUCCAGGGACGGCGAAAAUGAUGUUAUCAAGAGCCAAACCUGCUGUAGGCAGUGAUCUACAGCAGACUGAUAAAGACAAAAAGAAGGGAAAGAAAGUCCCCAAACUGGACGAGUUGCUAGCCCAACGGGACUUCACUGGCGCAAUAACCCUGUUAGAGUUUAAACGCCAUGUUGGAGAGAGUGAAGAUGACACAGACUUGUGGAUCGGGUACUGUUCGUUUCACCUGGGUGACUACAAAAAAUCUCUGGAGGUGUUCAAGCAGGCAAGUCAACAAGAAGGAUGCAACCCUGAUGUUUGGGUGAAUUUGGCUUGUACAUACUUUUUUUUGGGCAUGUAUAAAGAAGCAGAUGAGGCUGCCAAUAGAGCUCCAAAAAGCCACCUGCAGAAUCGCUUGCUUUUCCACUUGGCUCACAAGUUCAAUGAUGAGAAGAGGCUGAUGGUCUUUCACCAGAACUUGCAGGAUAUUAUUGAGGAUCAGCUGAGCCUGGCCUCCAUACACUACAUGAGAUCUCAUUAUCAGGAAGCAAUAGAUAUCUACAAGAGAAUAUUAUUAGAAAACAGGGAUUUCCUCGCAUUGAAUGUCUAUGUUGCUCUUUGCUACUAUAAACUUGAUUAUUACGAUGUGUCACAAGAGGUCCUUGCAGUAUAUUUACAACAGGUUCCUGACAGUACGAUCGCCCUCAAUCUGAAAGCAUGUAAUCACUUUCGUCUCUACAAUGGAAAAGCAGCUGAAGCAGAGUUAAAAAGUUUAAUGGACAAUACAUUAUCCUCCUUUGAAUUUGCCAAGGAGCUAAUUAAACACAACCUUGUGGUGUUCCGUGCUGGGGAGGGUGCUUUGCAGGUACUUCCACCCUUGGUUGAUGUUAUUCCAGAGGCGCGACUGAACUUGGUUAUCUAUUAUCUCAGACAAGAUGAUGUUCAGGAAGCUUUUAACUUAAUUAAAGACCUGGAGCCGACUACCCCACAGGAAUAUAUCCUCAAGGGUGUUGUGAAUGCAGCACUAGGUCAAGAAUUGGGCUCGAGAGACCAUCUCAAAAUUGCGCAGCAGUUCUUCCAGCUUGUUGGUGGAUCAGCCAGUGAAUGUGAUACGAUACCCGGGAGACAGUGUAUGGCGUCUUGCUUUUUUCUACUCCGUCAGUUUGAUGAUGUCCUGAUUUACCUUAACUCCAUCAAGAGUUACUUCUACAAUGAUGAUACCUUUAAUUUUAACUACGCUCAAGCCAAGGCUGCAGCUGGAAAUUACAAGGAGGCUGAGGAGGUAUUCUUAUUAAUUCAGAGUGAGAAGAUUAAAAAUGAUUAUGUUUACCUGAGCUGGCUUGCACGAUGUUAUAUCAUGAACAAGAAACCAAGAUUGGCAUGGGAAUUAUAUUUAAAAAUGGAAACAUCUGGUGAAUCAUUUAGCCUACUGCAACUUAUUGCCAAUGACUGUUACAAAAUGGGUCAAUUCUACUAUGCCGCCAAGGCAUUUGAUGUAUUGGAAAGACUUGAUCCAAGUCCUGAAUAUUGGGAAGGAAAGCGUGGAGCGUGUGUUGGUAUUUUUCAGAUGAUUUUGGCAGGACGAGAACCCAAAGAGACUCUGAGAGAAGUUCUUCAUUUGCUGAGAAGUACUGGCAGUACACAAGUUGAAUACAUCAUCCGGAUUAUGAAAAAAUGGGGCAAGGACAAUCGUGUACCAGUCUGAGCAUUCUGGCCGAACACCAUUUGAAUUUACCAAAAUCUCACAUUUAGUAAAAUGUUUUCUCAGGUUAAGAACUAAAGACACCAUUUCUCUUAUGCAACCCACAAACUGAAGAAUGAAAAAUUUCACAGGUUUACUUAAUUGAAACAUAUAUAUUCACCUCAUAGCAGCGCUAUUAUAUAUUAAAGGGGUUGUUCAGUAUACAGUAUAAAAAAUGAAAGCUUUAAACACAACCAAUACUUACCUGUUACCGCUGUCAUUUCAACAUCACUAGCACUCUGGUCACCACUAUUCUCCGAAUACCACCGGACAGCUAAUUACUGCUGUCACAAGGGGCACAUCACCACUGAAGCCAGUCAUUGGAUGCAGUGGAACAUGUGACCUUGCCCAUGAUGCGCCAGAUGUAUAACAUGGUAACAUACAAAGUUUACAAGGCUGUAUACACUGCGGGAACUGGAAAAUGGACACAGCUUAGGCACCGCUGAGGACAGGAGCAGCUGGGGAACAGGUAAGUAUGAAUUUUUAGCUUAGGGAGGAAGGCUACAGCACUUGCUAAAAUGUUCUUAUUCCCUGAGAACCCCUUUAAGCCCUCAGAUGUAGCAGUCAGUAGCUGCGGAAGGGAGCUUCCUCUUUCCUCCAGUCGGCACCCUGCAAAUGCAAUCAUGGGGUGCUAAGUCUGCCCUGUUACAGCACCUAUUGCACCUUGCUUAUGGUAGCUUGUAGUAGGUUGCUUAGAAGAAUCCCUAUACACUGUAAUGCAGAAGUAUUACAGGGUAUAGUAUAAGCUAUCGAAGGUUGAAGUCCCCUAAGUAUACAAUUUUUUAUUUUAUUUUUAAAAGAAGCACUCUCUGACUGGUUAUAAAGGUAUGUGAUAUAAACUGUACAAAGGUAAACACUGAUCUCCAACUGACACAGUAUGGGAAGUCAGUUACUUCUGUAUUCAUUUCUUUAAGGGUCCAUUCACACGUCCUGUUUUUUUUCAUCCUGAAAAACGGUCCGUUUUUUGCG